AGUUUUCUCUUAAUUAUCCCUCCUCUGCCAUCUUCUUUUGAAACACCGAUUGCGUACCUGCGCACUCUAUCGUCGACCAUCUCUUAAGAAAUGAAUGACUCGCGCGAUGACCAGGAGGACUACGUGGCCGAGGGCGACGCGGACAAAGAGGAGGAAGAGGGAAACGUCAAUCUAUCGAGCGAGGGCAGCUCGUCUGAGGAGGAGGACGACGCCCAAAACCACUACGAGGAAGACGGGUUUGUAGUGAACGAUGAUUUAGAGUUCGAGGAGGAAGAGAAUGAGGAGAUGCAUCGGUGUCGAAAGAGGCUUCGCAAAGGGAAGAGAAAGCAGGUGCAGUUGGAUGAGGAGGACUACCAGCUCAUACAGGAGAACAUGGGGAUGAGCUUUUACAACAAAAAGAUGUCGCCUCACCUCAAGCCCCUGAGGCUGGACACUCCUGACAAGGAGCUGUUGGCGAAGGUGCUUUUUUCUGAUGAGUAUUCGAAGCGAGACGAGGACAAGUCGCCUAAGGGCCAGGCUGACCGCGAAGACGACAACAGGGACGACGAGUUUCGCAGCGAGGAGGAGGAGGACUUUGUGGUGGACGACAUGGAUCGCCCCAUUCGCCACAAGAAGGCGCCGAAGUCGGCGGGCGCGUGGGGCGUGUCCGACAUCGAGCAGUACAGAGAGGCCAGAGACAUCUACGAUUACUCGGAGUACCUGCCUCAGUACGAGCAGGGGUUGGACGAGUACUCGGACCGAGGCGGUGAGAAGCCGCAGGACAUAACGGAGCUUUUUAAGAAGAGAGGGUUCGAGCCGAGUUUGUUGGAGAAGCAUUUUUUGACCACGGAGGACAAGGUGAUUAGGGAGACGGACGUUCCCGAGCGCCUGCAGUUGCGCUUUCCGAAUCGGCCAGCGAUGUCGGACGAGGACUUCAAGAACGAGGCCAAGUGGAUCUACGAUAACGUUUUUUUGUUUGGGGACACGCCGAAUCCUCACCAGGCGGAGAAGGUGAUAGAGAAGGUGGAGAACGUGCUGAAGUUCUUCCUGAGGGACCACUUUGAGGUGCCGUUCAUCGCGAGGUACGAGAAGGAGUCUUGGAUGCCGGAGCUGACGAGGGAGCAGCUUUGGACGAUCUACGACUGGGACGAGAAGUGGUUUUACCGCGAGUCUCGCAAGCUGAGUUUGAAGCAGUUGAUAACGGGUUCGGCGAACAUAGAGUCGCGCGAGUCGUCGGUGUUGUUGCUGCGCGUGGACAUGAGCCAGAACGACGAGACGAUCGACGACAUUAGGAACUACUUCACGUUGCACUACGACUCGGACUUGAGUUCGGCGGGGAAGAGCAAGUACAAGCGUCCGGGGAGGAACAUGCUGUACGCGGACGCCAAGGAGGCGGGGUUGGACAAGCUGCUGCGGUUGUUUGGCCAGAUGCCGUCACAGCUCGCCAAGUCGCUGUGCGACCAGGAGUCGAUCGAGGCGGCGAAUCCGGCGAGGUCGCCGGAGGAGGAGGUCGCGGAAUACGUGUCGGUGCGGUUUUCGUCGCCGCAGCGGGUGCUGGAGGCGAUUAGGCACAUGUACGCGCGAGAGCUUAGCGCCGAGUUGUACGUGAGGAGGACGAUGAAGGACAUAUACUACCAGGUGGCGGUGUUGUCGACGGAGCCGUUGCCGGCGGCGGAGCACGUGAUUGACGCGUUCCACCCGUUGAGGGAGGUGAAGUGUCUGGUGGACAAGCCGAUAUCGUCCUUCAGAGACGACCAGUUCUUGCAGGUGCUGCAGGGCGUGGAGGCGAACUUGAUCAAGAUGAACGUGCGGGUGCCGGAGGCGUGGGUGCCGGAGUUCGUCGCGAAGAUAUCGAGGAAGUUCUACGUGAACAAGGGGGACGGGAAGGACCCGGUCGAGAAUCAGUGGAACGAGCAGCGCCGAUUGGUGAUCGUGGAGAUGCUGAAGAGUCACCUGUUUCCGGCGUUUUUGGACAGCGCGUUGACGAAUUUGAGGCGCGAGGCGGAGGAGUACGUGCUGGGUUGUUGCGGGCGGAAGUUGGAGUCGAUGUUGAUGGAGGGUCCGUACGUGCCGCCGGAGAAUUACGCGGAGUGGUACCGCCGAAUUUACUCGUACAAGAAGGAGAAGGUCGGCGCGCCGAUUCCGAUCAAGGUGAUGGUGUUUUGCGCGGAGGACGACGUGGGGCAGUACGCGGUGUUGGACGCGAACGGCGAGUUGGUCGACGCGCUGACGGCGUCUUCGUUCAUCAGGUUCGAGGACCGGAAGCAGAUAGAGAGCUUCAUAAACAAGCACCGUCCGCCCGUUUUGGUGUUUGGCGCGGAUGGGUUUCGGGCGUACCACAACCACAACGUGUUGAACGACAUCAUAUAUUCGCUGUCUCAGAGGGACGGGGACUUUCCGCCGAUUCAGGUGAUGUUCAAGUCUUCGAAGGUGGCGAGGAUUUACCAGACGAGCGAGCGAGCGAAGCACGAGUUUCCGGACGCGUCGCUGAUACUGAGGAGGGCGGUUUCGAUUGGUCGGAGCCUGCUGAAUCCGCACGUGGAGCUGUGCGGGUUGUACGAGGACCAGAGGGGGCUGAGGUCGUUGAACUUGCACCCGCUGUGCGAGAUGAUCAAUCCGGAGACGUUGUCGAACAGGUUGAACCGCUGUUUUUUGGACGUGGUGAACAUGGUCGGGGUGGACAUAAACCGGGUGGUGUCGCACUACUGGAUGAGGUCGCUGGUGCCGCUGGUGUGCGGUCUGGGUCCUCGGAAGAGCGCGGACUUGCUGGCGAUUUUGGACCGGGUGGUGAUCGUGGAGAACCGCAUGCAGUUGCUGAACGAGCAGGAGUUUUUGGGGCCGUGCGUCUGGAAGAACGCGAUUGGGUUCAUCAAGGUGGCGCGGGAGUCGAGCGACGACUUGGACUCUUUGUACGAGGUGCUGGACGGGACCAGGAUUUUUCCGGACCACUACGCGUUGGCGAGGAAGAUUGCGAAGGACGCGGUGCGCUCGAAGGACGAGCACGUGGACUACGUGGCGGCGGUGAUGAAGGACCCGAAGAAGCUCGACAUGAUCGACAUCAACUUGUUCGUCAGGUUGCUGGAGGAGAGGGGUCAGUUCAAGAGGUACGUUCUCGAGGACAUCAUGAGCGAGUUGAGGGAGCCGUUUGCCGAGCUGCGGGAGCCGUGCAGGCCCCUUUCGACGGAGGAGCUGUUCGAUUUGCUGACGGGCGACACGUUGCAGCCCGGCAUGGUUCAGACGGUGCGCGUGGAGAGGGUGCAGCGAGUCAGCAACCCGGUGAGCGGACAUUAUAUGGGGGAGCAAUUGGAGGUCAAGCUGGAGUGCGGGUUGCCCGGGACGAUAUCGGCGUACGACGCGACGGACCUGCAGUUCAACCGUUUGUCGGACUUGUUCAAGAGGAACGAUCGGAUUCGCGCGGUGAUCAAGACGAUAUCGAAGAGCAAUUUUUGCUGCACGUUGACGGCGCGCGAGUCGGACUUGGAGUCGCACCGGUACCUGCUUCCGCGCGCGGUGGACUCGUACUUGAAGGAGCCGCCCCGGUACGACGCGUCGUACCAGCCGUGCGGGCGGAGGAUGAGGGAGCAGCGGCAGGAGGAGGCGCGCGCGUUCAUUCCGCGCCACACGAUUCACCCCAACUUCCAGAACAUCGGGCUGGAGGAGGUGAAGAAGUACCUGGAAGACAAGCCGCCUGGGUUCUACCUGAUCAGUCCGGACGGUCCGGACCACCUGAUCAUCACGAUGAAGUUCUACUUGAAGCUCUUCGUGCACAUCAGCGUGAGGGAGGAGCAGAAGGAGAGUCCGGAGAUGCUGGGGCACGAGCUGAUAAUUGGGAACACCACGUUCAGCAGUCUGGACGACCUGAUCGUGAACCACAUGGAUCCGUUUUGGAUGAACGCGGUGGACAUGACUCAGUUCAAGUACUUCAGGGAGGUUUCGAAGGAGGAGAUCGAGAGGUCGAUUCGAGAAGAGAAGUCGGCUCAGCCGAGCAGAAUUCCGUACUACAUCACGCCGUCCGAAAAGCACCCUGGCAGGUUUUUGCUGGUGUACGCGCCCACGAACAACUCCGUCCUCAGCGAGUACAUUUCGCUGGUGCCCGAGGGGUUCAGGUUUCGACAAAAAGUCCACUCGACGCCGGACAAGCUGAUCAUCUGGUUCAAGAAGCACUUUCGGGACCCGAUCGCCGCCAACCCGAAUUCGAGCCGCGGCGGCAAGAUGGACGUGCCCCCUCACCCCGCCGGCCGGCACGGCGAGCCCAAGGGGGGGGACCCCGGGUACCGUCGGCCCUACCCGCCGGCCUAUCCGCCCGUGGUGCCGCCUCACUCCUACCCGUACCCGUCGCAGGGCAUGGGGAACAGACAGCACGGAGACCACUUCUACAACCAGCAGUGGUCGAACUCGUAUUCGAGAAUCUCGUCCAUACCGGACAGAUACGGGCAGUGACGGCGCGUCCGGAGCGCGAGAGAGAAAAAGGGCCGCCCCCGUCUCCGGCGAGCGCGGGAGAAAGAGGGCGUCCUCUGUCCCUUUCGGGGCGUGUGUGUGUGUGUGUGUGUAGAGGAGCGCAGGGGCUUUUUCCUGGCCCGCGUUCGAGAGGGGAAUCUCUCCGUCUCUGCCGACUCCCUCCGCGCUCGCCGGGGCGUCCCGCGCCUCCCUCGCGCGAGCGUCGCCCCUCGCCCCGCGCGCGCUCUCGCCAAUGAAACUUUAUACGCAGUGUACAUAAAAGCUUCCUUUUCUUUUCUUUUUUUUUUUUUCGAUGCACAGAGUGUGUCCGUCCUCCGAGGGGGGAGAGCUGUCCGCCACCCCCCGAAAAAAAAAAGAGAGCGCCUCGGCGGGCGCCAACCGCCGACCGCGCCAGCCACUCCCCGCGGCGACUGAGGACAACUCCGAGCAAGUCCUGCACCGACUCAGGCCUCGGCGCAAUACAUGCACUUUGCACACACAAACACGAAGUUCACCGUUUUGCUAUUUUUAUUUCUCGUAUCAACCUGAAUGAAUCCACUACUUGCGACGCAAGAUGGCUCAAUUAGACUAAAAACCCACCCUUACUGCGGAAAGAAGUCCUUCCUGUUGAAAAUCUGCGCCCCACUCUGCGUCAUAUUCUUGAUGACUUGGUCCUGCUACGCCACCGUCGCGUACCAACAACUCGCCCGACUCAAGUCCGACCUCUAUCUGCACGGCACCAUCAUCUUUUUCACUCUUUUCUUCUACCUCAUGUCUCUGGCUUGUCUGCUUGGAGUCAUGUUCAUUGACCCUGGAAGCGUCCCCACCGAUUACGAAAAACUCAUCGACGUCAGAGAACAAGCGCUGUUGGGCACGAGGUACUACUGCAACAUCUGUCAAAACGUCAAGCCGGCCAGGUGUCACCAUUGCACUUCCAUGGACAGAUGCGUGUUGAAGAUGGACCAUUUCUGCCCGUGGACUGGAAACACGAUCGGGUUGAGAAACUACAAAAUCUUCGUGCUCUUCAUGUUUUACUGUCUCCUAUACUGCAUCUCUGUGUUAGUCUCUUCCGUUUUGGAGGCCGUGUCGAGCAGCAAAGCGUCCAAAACGGAAAACAUUUUUGUGUACAUCCAAAACGUGGCCCUGCUAAUCCUAGCGAUCAUUUUCACGCUAUGUCUCGCCAUCUUUUUGGGAAACCACCUUUUUCUCAUUUCCAGGAACAUGACGACGAUCGAAUCCCUUUCGACCAUGGACGAAUACAACAUCUACGACCUGGGCCCUCUGGAAAACUUCAAACAGGUGUUCGGAUACAACGUCUUCCUCUGGGCUAUCCCCGUUCAAAGCAGCAUCGGCGAUGGACUCACGUGGAAAACCGCUAGGCCUGCGAGUGUAUCUGUAUAAAAACGACCAUCCAAAAUUUUACAAACACUGAAAAAAAA